GACGAGAGUGAGAGUGAGGAGGAGGUUGAUAAGGAGCAGAUGGCGCGUGAUGCUAUCUAUCGUGGGACGCUGCUUGCCAUGCUUGAACGUCGUGAGAGGGCGGAAAACAUGGCUCGUCAGAGGAUUGCACCAGCGGUUUCCUCUCCAGUUGCAGCUCCCAGAACCUUCACGCUUCCUACCCCGCCUGCGCGUGAGCCUGUUCUCCAGCCUCCGCCGGAGUCAUUCAUGAUGGAGCAGUACCUCGAGGCCCGUCGGAAGCUCUUGCAGGUUGAGAAGGAGUUGGAGAGUGCGAAUCAGAAGUUGGUUGAGACGCAUAAUCAGCAGGGUGUCAAGAGGAAGCGUGAGGAUGAUGAGGAGGAGGUCCCGGUUCCCAGAGCCGUAGAGGUUGCGCCUGUUGUGGAUAAUGACGCCAUGGUUAUCGACGAUGAGCCUACCGAAGAACAGGAGGAGAAGCAGGGGCCGGCGAAGAAGAAGGCGAGGUUUGGGUAUGUCGCCAGUGCUUUGGGGGGUGUUGUUCUUGGUGGUGUGGCUAUGUUUGCGGGGUUGGUGGCCAGUGCUGCGGGUAACUGAGCCAGGUGAGCCGUAUGCGGGGGAG